GCUUGUGUGCAAAGCACCAAACAUUUCUGGACACCGGAAUUGCAAAACUUGCUAUCCUCUGGUGUAGUUUUGUUUUUCCCACACAGUUGUUUUUUUUUUGACAACUUGCGAAACCCAAUCCAACAACAUGUGCGGAUUCCGUAACCGUUGUUGUUGGUUGCGGGGUAUAUGGGAUUCCUCGUCAAUUUCCCGUAAGGUGGUAAACAACGGUGGAUCGAAAUUUCCACCCAAACAAGCACAAACACACUUACGGCGAUAGUGUGCUGCUUGCUCGUUUGCUUGACUCGAAUCAUGCUUUGCUCAGCUCAUGAUGCAGUCUUCAUUUGCGAGCGCUCGGAAUCAACAGUUUAGUUUGAUUUGAGCUGCCCCACGAGUAGGAAGCAAACAACGUUUCGGUUCUCGGUCUGGAUUAUUAUUACUGUUAUAAAACUACUGAGUAGUUGUGUGUACUUGUUACUAGUACUACGCCCAGGCCUCUCCUAUAUAGUACCUACUCUAUACACUUAGCUAGCUCGAUUAUUUGCUAGUGAUUCUCUCGAGUCUACGCGAAUUUCUAUACAAUUUUGUGAGGUAAUUGCGCGAUCGCUCGUUUGGUGACGUCGACGUGUACGUAGUGGUGCGAUACUUUCAAGUCUCAAGUUAAAACCAAGACCUGUUUCUCCAAGGUACGGACACGGACUGAAAUUCGGGUUCUCAUCACUUGUAUUUUCCUUUCGCUCGAGUUAAAUGCCUCGAACAAGUCGGAUUUUUCCAUACUAUAAUUGUGCAGCUCGCUGUUGGUUUCGUUUAAUAUCUAAAAACGUGCAAAUAAACUUUAAUCACUGAAUUGUGUAUGCAACAAUGCAUUGGAGACAGUGAUCGAUUCGCAAGAUCGAUACGUUCAUUAACAUAGUGAUAGCAGAUUGAAGUUUAUCGAUUGCGCCAUCUUGUAAUAAGACCUAAGUGUACCCUAGCGCACUUGCUGGAUUAAGGGAAAAAAAAUUAUCUAUCGACAGACGCGUGUGUGUAGAUUUAAAUUGUUGCGUUGGAUGUGUGUGCCUAGGGCUAAAAAUAAUCGGUCCAGCCAGCGACCAUUGUAGUGAAGUUCUAUAGCCAAAACACUUGCCACCAAAAGUCAGCUUGGACAAAAGCGUGUUACCCCAGAAAGUGGAAAAUCAGCACCCAUAGAAGAGAUCAAUUCCUAAAAAGUUUUCCAAGAGUCCCUGGAUAAGAAAAGAUGAAUCCUGCCAAGGGAGGAACCACAGCCGGAGGUUUCACCUACCCACGUUCUAUUCCAGCCCACGAAGGACACCCGCAGAAGGAUCUGGACGGUGGUAACAAAUUCGCCUCCGACAGCGGCGCCGUAGAUUCCGGUUAUCUGUCCGGUCAGUGUCUCAGUUCGUGUGAGUUCACCUCGUCUUCGUCCGUGGAUAUUCCGGAGGAACGUCCUGUAGAGCAGAGGUUUCACCACUCGCAGCAGGACAAACCCCAACAAACAAUCCUAGCACCGGUCCUCGAGGACGACUCGCAUACCUUGGACUCCGGAGUCGAUUUGGACUCCAGUCAACAGUCGGAAUCAGCCAUGCGGGUGAAACCUAUGAACGAUUUGGCCGCCUACUUCGCCAAGAUGAACGUAUCCUCGUACGCCCAGCCCGUGAAGCCCGAAACUUACUACCUCCAGAACAAGUUCGGCGAUACCUACUUGCACUUGGCUGUACUCCGUGAAGCCACCGAAGUGGUGAAACUGCUGGUCCAGGUCGCACUCAAGCCUAGCUGGUUGAACAUCCAGAAUGAUAUGGGCCGAACACCGUUGCACCUGGCAGUGCUCAGCGGUCAGAAAAAUGUUGUGCGACUAUUGGUCCAGUCUGGUGCCAUACCAGUUCGUGACGACGAAGGAAACACGCCGCUCCAUCUGGCCUGUCUGUACCAUCGACUUGAAUGCGCGUACGAACUGCUGGAACCCCUUAACAACAACUUGGAAGAGUGGAACUAUAAUGGCAAACGAUGUGUCCACAUUGCCGCCGAAGCUUCAGACAUCGACAUGCUGCGGUUGCUCAUCAAUGCUGGAGCCGAUAUUAACUCAAAGGAAGGCACAGCGGGCUACACCCCCCUGCACAUCGCCAUCGACCGUCUCGACGAGAAGCUGGUACAGUUUCUGCUCGAAGAGUGCCCCAAGCUGCGGCUGGAGCAGACGACCUAUGCCGGGCUUACGGCCUACCAGCUGGCCGCCCACAACCAGACCUUACUGAGCAGGCUAAGAAGCCGCGGAGCCGAGCCACUAACUCCACCGGAGAGCGACUAUGAGGAUAGCGACGACAGCGAGGAAGACGAAAAGAUUCCAUCGUUUUACGGAUCCAAUGUCUUUGGUAGCCAAUUUCCUGGCCUCUCAACCAUCAACGUUGCUUAGGCAAAACGAAAAACUAAUUAUUCCUCUUUUGAGAAAGUUUUUACUCAAAAAGUAACUUAACAAUUAUUUUAUUCCCUUUAAACAAAAUAUCUACCGACUUGAUGGUUUAACUUUAUUUAAACAAAAAAAAACGAUCCAAACAAACGUGGCAGUGUGCUCUGUAUCUCACUGUUAAAUGUUUAGAAUAGGCGAUUUUCCCACCAUUAAACCGAAAAACAUUUAAAUUCCUUGCCAAAACAUAAAUGUAGAACAACCCUUUUUAAGCUUCUCUUGUGACAGUAACAAACAGUCUGGAAAUAAACCAUAUCUACAUCAAAUUUUAAAAUUUUCCCCGUUCAGUAACCCUCGUGUAGAAAUUUUGUGUACAUAAAAUUCUAUGUACCUGUUAGUGUACCAUCACAUUUUAACUCAUCCCGGCCUGUUCAUUGAUCAAUAAUGUAUCGUUUCUAUUGCUUCAAAUUUUAAAUUCUUUUAACAUAGAAACACCAAUAGGAAAAACCUUUGUACACAAGCGUAGAACAAACUAGCGAAAAAAAUCAAUGUUUCGAAAUUCGUUCAUGGCUCAUCAACUGCGUUGGUAAAAUAAAUUCAAGAUAAAUGGAAGAUACAUUUAUUGUUUAUACAAAUAUACAUACUUGAACAAUA